AUGAAAUCAUGCAACAGGAGAUCAGGCCCCUCGUUGCUGUGGAUAUCAUAGAACAGCUUCACCGGCAGUUUGCUAUCUUGUCAGCAUCAACCCCGGUCGCCUGUCAUGAGCUCAGGGAUUGCUACGGAGGAUGUGGCUGUACUGCAGUACGGUCGCUUGGCGUGGGUCUGUUUCCCUGUAACCCCAUAUACCUGCUUUGGAUAUUUUGCAGUCUGGAGGCUGCCAGCAUCGGAUUCGUCAUCGUUAUAGACAGACGGCGGGACAAAUGGAGCGCGGUCAAGGCGUCCCUCACGCGAAUAGCAGGAGCGUUUCCAGGGAACCUACAACUGGUCUUCGUCCUGCGGCCGUCCCGUUUCAUCCAAAGGGCGAUCGCUGACAUCGGCAUCAAACUGUAUCGCGAUGACUUUAAAAUGAAGGUACCGAUCAUCAUGUUAAAUUCGGUUUCUGAUCUACAUGGGUACAUCGACAAAAGUCAGCUGACUCGGGAGUUGGGAGGAACCUUGGAAUAUGGGCACAGCCAGUGGAUACAUCAUCGAACUGCGAUCGAGAAUUUUGCCAUGACCGUGAAGACCACCGCUCAGAUGCUGCAGUCCUUUGGAACAGACUUGGCGGAGACCGAACUCCCCAAUGAUGUCCAGUGCACGGAGGAGCUCCUUUCUUCCCACAUGGAGCAACAUAACAAGCUGAAGGAUGAGCUGAAACUUGCCGUGAAGCAGGGGGCCACGCUGCUCACCUGCAUCCGCGAACCCGUCACAAGAAGUGCCACCAGCAAACUCAGUCCAGACGAACUCGAAAACGUGGCGACCGUGGAGAGGUUGCUAGCUCAGCUGGAUGAAACAGAGAGAGCCUUCGAUCAGUUCUGGUCCAAGCACCACCUUAAGCUAGAACAGUGCCUACAGCUCCGACACUUUGAGCAGGAUUUCAGAGAGGUUAAACUGGCGCUGGAUAACUUGAUGGAAACGCAAGCCGUGUUCACGGAUAUUGGAGACAGCGUCUCUCGUGUGGAGCACCUUCUGAAGGAACGGAAGCAAUUAGAGGAGAAAGGACAGGAACCUUUGGAAAAAGCCCAGUCCCUGGCUGUCCAUGGAGACCAGCUGAUCCAAAACAACCAUUAUGCAAUUGAUUCCAUUAGACCAAAGUGUGUUGAACUCAGGCGCAUCUGUGACGACUUUGCCAACGAGACCAAGAAACAGUAUGACAUUUUAGGGAAGUCCUUGGAAUUGCACAAACAAUUAGAUAAAGCCAGCCAGUGGUGCGAAGCUGGAAUCUACCUCUUGGCUUCCCAAGCUGUCGACAAAUGCCAGACUCAAGAGGGGGCCGAAACGGCGCUCUGCGACAUCGAGAGAUUCCUGGAGACCGCCAAGGACCACCAGCUCGUGAACGCCAAGGAGUUCUACAAUCAGUUCGAUAUGAUUCUCACCCCAGAGAUAAAGAGCAAUGCCCAAAGAGUUCUCCAAAAGCUAGAAGACGUACAAGAGAUGUUCGACAAGAGGCAAGUGAGCCUGAAGAAGCUGGCAGCCAAGCAGACCCGGCCCGUGCAGCCUGUCGCCCCACACCCUGAAUCCUCACCCAAGCGCGCAUCGCCCAAGAGCACCCGACCUGCAACGUUAGCUACCAACAGGAGAUCGGUAGAAAUGUCGAGUCCCCCCAAAUCUGUCUCCGAUGCAGAGUUAUCAAAGAAGAAGAAUGUCAAGAAGAGUAAAGGUGGAAUUAAGAUUGAAGUAAUGCACGAAGCGAGUCAAGGAGGGUCCAGCAGAAUUUUGGUCAUGAGCGAGAGCGAAGAGAACCUUUCCACCAGGAGGAGCCAUAUUAUCAACGAACUGAUAGAAACGGAACGGGUUUAUGUGGAAGAGCUUCAAAGCAUCCUUGAGGGCUACGCGUCAGAGAUGGACAAUCCUGAUUUAAUUCACCUGAUCCCGACUGCUCUCGCCAACAAGAAGGAAGUUCUUUUUGGGAACCUCUCGGAAAUCUAUGAAUUUCACAACAGGAUCUUCCUCAAAGAGCUGGAAAAUUGCAUUGAAAAUCCGGAACUUCUUGGUCGGUGCUUUUUAAAAAGAAAGGAAGAUCUCCAAAUAUAUGAAAAAUACUGCCAGAACAAGCUCAGGUCAGAAGCUCUCUGGAGACAGUGUGGAGACAGUCUCUUCUUUCAGGAAUGUCAGCGGAAACUAGACCAUAAGCUCUCGCUGGAUGCUUAUCUCUUAAAGCCGGUCCAGAGAAUUACCAAGUACCAGCUGCUUUUAAAGGAAAUGUUGAAGUGCAGCAAGAAUUCAGAAGGCACAGCAGAGCUGGAAGAAGCGCUUGCCACGGUGCUUGACAUUAUCAAAUCAGCUAAUGACUCGAUGCACCAGAUAGCAAUUACGGGCUACGAGGGUGACGUACACGAGCUCGGGAAGUUGCUCCUGCAGGGCUCGUUCAAUGUUUGGACGGAUCACAAAAAGGGCCACAACAAGGUCAAAGAUUUGGCCAGGUUCAAGCCGAUGCAGAGGCACCUCUUCCUCUACGCAAAAAUCCUGCUCUUCUGCAAGAAGCGAGAAGAAAAUACGGACGGGCACGAGAAGUCUCCCUCGUACAGCUUUAAAAAUUCCUUAAAGAUGAGCACUGUCGGUAUUACUGAAAACGUCAAAGGGGAUAACAAGAAAUUCGAGAUCUGGUACAAUGGCAGAGAAGAAGUCUAUAUUAUUCAGGCUGCUUCUGUGGAGCUGAAAAACACCUGGGUCUCUGAAAUUAGGAAAGUCCUGACGGGACAACUGGAAGCUUGCAGAG